AUGAGGUUGAGUGCCCGCCCUAGAGUUACCCAUGUUGGCAACGUCGAGUUACACGAAGUAUUCUUUGUUUCUGAACUCGACGCGGAAGGUCAGGACACCUCAGGAGAUGGUAUGGAAAACACAUCUGUUGGUCAGCAAAAUGUUGUCAUCUCCCGAAACUCAAUCGAGGCUAUCGAGCGCAACCUCACCAUUGUUAUUCCUUGUAUGAACGAAGAUAGAGAUGUUCUCCAAGCCCUUCUACGUGGUGUGCCUCAUUGGUGUCUUGUCAUCCUCAUAUCCAACAGCGAACAGCAAAGCUUCGAGACGGAGCGCAAACUGCUACUCGACUUCGGUAGGAUGACGGAUCGUGACGUAAUCGUGGAACAUCAAGGCUCGCCAUCCUUCGCUCGCGCUUUUCAAGAAGCGGGUGUGACGAAUCUGUUACAAAUACCUAGAGAAGAAGGAGAUCCUCCGCGCAUCAACAACGGAAAAGGAGAAGCUAUGAUACUGGGUGUUAUCAUCGCGAAACAUAUGAAACGUAAGUUCGUAGGUUUCAUCGACGCUGACAAUCGGGUCCCAGGGUCUGUUCUUGAAUAUUGCAAAGUGUACGCCGCUGGGUUGCAUUACGCCUUACGAAACACUGAUUAUAGUGGAAGAGAACAGCAUGCAAUGGUGCGUAUCAAGUGGAAGUCAAAGCCCAAAGUCAAGGAUGGCGAGCUUGUAUUUAGUGAAUUUGGGCGCUCCUCACGCGUUGUCAACGACUGGAUGAACCGCUUUCUAAAAGCUCUUGGGGGUGACACUACCCCAGACACAAUGAUCGGUACUAGUAACGCCGGCGAACACGCCAUGAGUAUCGAUCUUGCCCUCAAACUCCGAUUUGCAACGGGUUAUGCGGUUGAACCCUUCCAAUUGAUUGACAUAUGGGAACGAUUUAGCGUUUCAAAAGAGCCGUUGUCAGUGCGAAUCCUUCAAAUCGAAACCUGCAAUCCCCACAUUCACAACGCGGGGCAUGACGCUGACCACAUCGAGCGCAUGCAGGUCCAGGGUCUCAGCACGAUAUACCACUCGGAACUUACAACUUCGCGGCUGAAAGAUGAACUUCGUGCGUAUAUGAGAGAUAACUUAUCCAUGUUCAUGGGUGACAAUGGAGAACCCGAGAAACCACUUGUAUACGAUCCACUCGAUUCACUGGAUUGGGGUAUCUUUGCAGAGAUCCUCCAGGAAUGCGAGACUCAGGCAAGGGUGAAGCCAGAAGAGUCGGUGGCCGCUCGGUAG